AUGCAAAGCGAUAACCAAUGUGUAAAGGAUAGAAUUAAGGAGGAGGCCAAGGCAAUCCAGCAGGAAUGGACCACCAACCCACGUUGGAAGGGUAUCACCCGUGAGUACACCGCCGAGGAUGUCGUCCGCUUGAGAGGUUCCUUCCGCGAGGAGUACACCAUUGCCAAGAUGGGCGCUCAGAAGCUGUGGUCCAUGAUGAACGAGGAGUCCAACUACGUCCAAGCCCUCGGCUCUCUGACAGGUAACCAGGCCGUCCAGAUGGUUCGCGCCGGUCUCCGCGCAAUCUACCUGAGCGGCUGGCAAGUCGCCGCCGACAACAAUACCUCUGGCCAGAUGUACCCAGACCAGUCUCUCUACGCCGUCAACAGUGUUCCAGAGCUCGUCCGCCGCAUCAACAAUGCCCUGCGUCGCCGCGACCAGAUUGAGUGGAGCGAGGGCAACCUGCAGCACCAGUAUCUGCCAACCCCAAUCGUUGCUGACGCCGAAGCCGGUUUCGGUGGCAGUUUGAACGCCUACGAGCUGAUGAAGGCUAUGAUUGAGGCUGGUGCCUCUGGUGUCCAUUGGGAGGACCAGCUCGCAAGUGAGAAGAAGUGUGGUCACAUGGGUGGCAAGGUCUGCAUCCCAACCAGCCAGCACAUCCGUACUCUGACCGCUGCCCGUCUUGCCGCCGAUGUCAUGGGCGUCUCCACACUUAUCGUUGCCCGUACCGACUCUCUUGGCGCCUCCCUGUUGACCAGCGACGUCGACCCACGCGACAAGAAGCAUCUGAAUGGCAAGCGUACUGUCGAGGGUUACUACGAGGUCAACAAGGGUAUCGAGGUUGCCAUCGACCGCGCCCUCAGCUACGCACCAUACUGUGACGUAAUCUGGAUGGAGACCUCCACCCCCGACAUUGAGUUGGCCAGAAAGUUUGCCAACGCCGUCCACGCCCAGUUCCCAGGCAAGCUGCUCGCCUACAACUGCUCGCCAUCAUUCCACUGGAAGAAGCACUUGACUGCUGAACAAAUCGCCACCUUCCAGAAGGACCUCUCCGCCAUGGGUUACAAGUUCCAGUUCAUCACCCUCGCCGGUUUCCACUCGCUCAACAUGUCCAUGUUUGAGUUGGCACACGGCUACGUCGAGAGUGGCAUGUCCGCCUACGUCACCCUGCAAGAGAAGGAGUUUGCCAGCGAGAAGAUCGGCUACACUGCCACCCGUCAUCAGCGUGAGGUCGGCACUGGUUACUUCGACAGCAUCUCCCAGGUCAUCUCUGGUGGCAAGUCAUCAACACUCGCUCUUGUCGGUUCCACCGAGGAGGAGCAGUUCGAGCAUUAA